CAGAUUUUCUGGGAGCCAUGCUUCCCUCUAAUAUCACCUCAACACAUCCAGCUACCUUUUUGUUGGUAGGAAUUCCUGGUUUGGAACACCUGCAUGUCUGGAUCUCCAUCCCCUUCUGCUUUGCUUAUACUCUGGCCCUGCUGGGAAACUGUACCCUUCUCUUCAUUAUCCGGGCUGAUGCAGCCUUCCAUGAGCCCAUGUAUCUCUUUCUGGCCAUGUUGGCAACCAUUGACUUGGUUCUUUCUUCUACAACACUGCCCAAAAUGCUUGCCAUAUUCUGGUUCAGGGAUCGGGAGAUCAGCUUCUUUGCCUGUCUGGUCCAGAUGUUCUUCCUUCACUCCUUCUCCAUCAUGGAGUCAGCAGUGCUGCUGGCCAUGGCCUUUGACCGCUAUGUGGCCAUCUGCAAGCCACUGCACUAUACCACAGUCCUGACUAGGUCCCUCAUCACCAAGAUUGGCAUGGCUGCUGUGGUCCGGGCUGUGACACUAAUGACUCCACUCCCCUUCCUGCUGAGACACUUCCACUACUGCCGAGGCCCAGUGAUUGCCCAUUGCUACUGUGAACACAUGGCUGUGGUGAGGCUGGCAUGUGGGGACACCAGCUUCAACAAUAUCUAUGGCAUUGCUGUGGCCAUGUUUAUUGUGGUGUUGGACCUGCUCUUUGUUAUCCUGUCUUAUGUCUUCAUCCUUCAGGCAGUUCUCCAGCUUGCCUCUCAGGAGUCCCGCUACAAGGCAUUUGGGACAUGCGUGUCUCACAUAGGUGCCAUCCUGUCCACCUACACUCCGGUAGUCAUCUCUUCAGUUAUGCACCGUGUAGCCCGCCAUGCUGCCCCUCACGUCCACAUACUCCUUGCUAUUUUCUAUCUCCUUUUCCCACCCAUGAUCAAUCCUAUCAUCUAUGGAGUCAAGACCAAGCAGAUUCAUGAUUAUAUGCUCAGUCUAUUCCAGAGAAAGAACAUGUAGAUGGAUAGUUCUCUUUUUUUAGCCCCUGGGUCAAGUAAUGAGAAUGCUGGAUUGGG